AUGGAAAUAAUCGAGCAAGAAUUCAAACCCCAAAAAAACGCUGCCAAAAAAAUAAAAAAGGAACCUACCGAUAAUGUAAAGGACAAAGAUUACUCCCCUAGUAAACCUCAAAAAAUCAAGAAGAAAACGUGCAAAAAACAAGAACACAAAUUGUGGACGUGCAGAAAAUGUUUGCAAGAAUUUGACUCGCGCAAACUGCUCACUGAGCAUUCGAAAAACCACAGCUCAGACUCUAGCGACGAACAUUCAUUCAAACACGAUCCUGAGCACGAUUUGUACCGCUGCAACACUUGCUCUUUGGAGUUUUCCACCCAAAAAGACGUAGAGAACCACAUUCAGAAAAUCCAUGAAGAGUUCUACGCCUGCGACGUUUGCAGUCACACCUCAAAAAAGGCCUACACAUUUGCAGUGCACAUGAAAACCCACUCAAAAGACGACACAAUGGUUUGCCCUCUUUGCACUUACACCACUCAAAGGAGGACUUGCUUGCAGACUCACAUCAAUCGUGUGCACUAUCACAAGUUUUACUAUACUUGUGAAGUUUGCAAUAAAGGCUUCAAUGACUCAGUAAUUUACAAGGAGCAUAAUAAUGAGCAUUUGGUCCGACAUCAUACAGUUUACAUUGAAGGCACCCUGCACAAAACCCAAUGCAGCAUUUGCCUAAAAGUCUUCUCAAAAGUGGACACUCUAUUGAAGCAUAUAACCUCGAAGCAUAAGCAAGGCGAAGAACGUAACGAAAAGCGCCACCUGUGCGACUUUUGCGGCAAAGGCUUCGGCUCAAGCGACAAACUAAAAAUCCACUAUCGCAUUCACACGGGCGAGAAGCCUUACCAUUGCAAGUUUUGCGAGAAAUGCUUCACCAAAAAAGACUAUUUAAUAAUGCACGAGCGGGUGCAUACCGGCGAGAAGCCUUAUCCUUGCGAGCAUUGCGGCAAAUGCUUCAAUCAGGCUUGCUCGCUUAGGAUUCACGUUAGAGGCCAUACGGGCGAGAGGCCUUAUAUUUGUCAGUUUUGUAAUGGAGGGUAUAUUUCUAGGGGGUCGUUGAAUUUGCACAUGAAGAGUUGCAAUAAUAAAAAAGUCCAAGCUAAAUCCACAAGCAACACAAAAGUCAACAUUACCCAAGCUGAAUCUGCCAGCAACAAUAAAACUCAAACGUCUGACGCCCAACAUGCCGAAACCAGAACUACCCAAAGUCGAAAAUGCUAA